AAAUACAUUUCAGACUAUUGCCAACACAGACAUUAGAUAAGAGUAAAUAUUCGUUCACAUCAUUUUCAGCAACUUUAAAUGGCGUUCGUUUUUCCUAAAAUGUUAUGAUUAAGAAAGCAUGUGUCUGGAGAACCUUCAGUACUUUGAUUAUUCUAUAUAUAUAUACGUACUUUCUCAGAAGAGAUAUUUAUAUACAAUGCGCUAUUAAUAACUAGGCUCGUGUCUGUCAUAAGCAGUCUCAAUGUUUGUAUUGCUGUCGCAGUGCUUGUAAUUAACCCAGGAUAUGAACUUUCCGACCGAUUAGUGUUAUACCAAGCGACAACCAACAGAAGUACAACUAAAAUUACUUGAGAGGAAAGUAUAUUUCGGUAAACAAAGAGCUGUUUCACGACUGGUGCCUGUUAGAUACUUGGGCUUUGUCAAAACGAAAGUAGCUAGGAUGACGGAUCAAGCCGAUGCCUCUCAACGAAGGAAGGAGCCUAUUGCUACUGAAGUAAAGCAAGAUUUGAUUGCUAAUCCUAGUAAAAAUGCCAGCUCAAAAUUACCUGUAAGAAGUCAACAAGACUUGCAGAGUAAAGUCUACCGCUUCAAGAGUGAUGUGGAAUUGUCCCGCAAGGCUCUCAUAGUUAACAACCUUUCACAAUCUACAGGAGAAAAGGAUUCUGAUUUAAUGGAAAACAAUCUUAAACAAUUUGGCUUCACUGUCAGACGUGUAAAUCAACUGACAAUAGAAGAUUUGCAAACCGAUUUGACAAAAGAGUCAAAAGACAUGGCUUGCGAUACCGACUGCUUUGUGUGCGUUGUCCUGGCCCUUGGUGGAAGUGGAUAUAUUAAAGGUUUCAAUCCCAACGCUGCAGCCACAAAAAAAUUGCCUAUUGAAAAACUUUGUGAACCCUUCCAAGGGAACAACUGUAAGCCUUUGGUGAUGAAACCAAAAAUUUUCAUCGUAAUGUCAUGGGACAAAGAGCCUGGCAGUCGAUUACGUACUGAUGGGGACAUGGAUGAACCAAAGAUUUUCAAACUUCCGACAGAAUCUGAUGUCCUGGUAUACGUAUGCCACAUGUCAGGGUUACUAAAACAAGGCUAUGAUGAGAACGGGUCUUGGUUGAUCAAGUCACUCUCAGAUGUGAUGCAAAAGGAACGUGGAAACAGUAAGAGGAGGGAUUUUCUCAGUUUGCUUACUAUUGUCAACAGAGAAAUGGCAAACAAAUAUAAAGGCACAGAACUGAAGCGUUCUGAGUGUAUCCCCACAGUCACCUCAACUUUAACCAAACUUAUCUAUUUGUAAACAUCAAUCCCACCUUGUACUGAUAGCCUUGUUAGUAUGGACAUGGAAUGUCAAAAGUACAAAGAACAAACUGAAUCAUAAACUUGGAAUGGUACCAUAAAAUGAAAUUUUCUUUUCGUGUUAUAUUGUUUUGAAAUACAUGAUUGUACUAAGAUCACAUUUAUCAACUUUAGUUGCGUAGGUAUCCUGAUUGUUAGUGAGAGUGUAUGUGGCAUAUUUGUUUUUAAAGUUAAGGAAUUUUAUCGUACAUUUUCAAAAAUUGGCUACUUCUUUUCACAUUUGAAAU